AUGGAGGAGCCGGACAACGCAGCGUGCGCUGACGCCACCUGCGCUGAGGGCACAACUAAAGAGCUUCGAGCGGGGGAAGCCUGCUACCGCAAAGAAGCCGUCCUCGACUGUUUGCACUUCAGUCGCACCAGGAAGAGCUAUGUACUUGUUUGCCACGGUGCUGAGGACAUCUAA